AUGAGCGGGACGCACCCCAAAGUGUCUGUUCAGACGGAGAGUGCGCAACAAGUGGAUGCAGAUGGGACUGAAAAUACCGAACAACACCCCUCGGACCCGGGCGUAGCGGACGGUCUUAACGAGCAAGACCCUUCAAAUGUCGACUUGUCUGCGGUACUUCGCGAAGUGGAAGAGUUACGCCAGAAAGUUGCUGAACUGGAGGAUGCGACCGUCGAACACGCUAAAAUCCUUGAAGAGAGUACAGAUGGGGAGAUAUCCGACUCUGACUUCGAAUUCGAGUCUGACGGUCGGUGCGAGCCGCCGUUCUCGGGGAACCCGUGGAAGAAGUGGAAACUCCGUCGUAAUGUUGCAAAGGGCAUUGUCCGCAAAGUUGACCACAUGCAACGAAGGCGUAAACGAAAGAAAAACGAGGUCGAGGCCUCCGAUGGCGAAAGCGAGGAUUCUGCUGCUCUGACCGUGCCAAAAAGGACGCCUCUUAUCAGCCGAUUGCACUGGAAUGAAUUUUCGAUCCUGGGGCCCAUUGCUACCUCUAACCGGGCUGUAUUGGAAGUACUUGUUGGAAUAUCUGGUGUUGAGUUUCCAGCCCCCAAAGCGCAGUUGUCCAAAAUCACAGUCACGAACUCUGCUUCGUUGCCGAUCUUUGUCAGACCAGAGGCCCUACCAGAGCGCAUUCGCAUCAACUCCAAUCUCCUGCUCAUGAUCCUUGGACAAGUGCAUGCUUCAGGAUUUUCAUUCGAGGGUGUGUGCCCUGUUGUCAUGGUCAGGCCUUUCAAAUUGAUUUUUUAUCAUCGGCACGGUAUUCAGAAACAGUAUCAGCAUUUGGUCGACACGCACAUGUCGAAGUCACCAGAUAAAGAUGUGCCUCGACAAAACAUUAUAGGGCUGACUUCACCGACACCGCCAAUCACUGAUAGUGCCAUGGACGCUACGUUAGAUAGUCAAAGUACCGCAGGCUCAGAUACGAUCAGCCCAGAUAAGGUACAGGAUAAGGAAGGUACAAGGUCCAGUACAGUCUUCAGGCUCCCAGGAGAUGCCCUAGGGUCCAAACUCGCACUGGAACACAUGCGACCCUUGAUAGAGUUUCUUGACCACUAUCUAUUACCGCGUCUAUCAUUCCUCGAAAGCGCAGAGUGUAAGAAGGUGACGUUUCCGGAUCUCUGGCUUUUAUUUGAGCCCGGUGGUGAAGUCAUUGAUUCCGAUGGUGAUCAGGCAUAUCGUAUCCACAAAGUCACCACUGCAAAACACAGAGCCGUUCCUUCCUGGAGUGGAAUUGAUGCAUGGACACCUGCGCCACCGCCAAGAAGAGGAGGCCAUGAGAGCGUGGAAAUCUCAGACAUCGUGCGUCCGUCACAGAAUCAACGUGAAGGAGAUGACAAACCGAUCAAGCUACACUGCGUUUAUAUUGACUCAGAUGGUUUCAGCAUAGGUCCCGUCACUAUGGUUUUCGAAAUCAGAGCAUUUGCGGGCGAAAAACUGGUUACCGACCUGCCAGUGUAUCCCUUGCGGUUCCGCACAACCCCACUCCAGAAGGAUGCCAGAGGAGUCUCUGCAACAGCCAGAGAUCAUAUCAAAGUACGUGAGGAGCUGAUCGAAAGAGGUAAAAAGUUUGUUCAAGUAGGCUUGACCCGUCAUGUGUAUUACGCUGGCCCCACUUUUGACCGCGAGAUGGUUGAUGGACAAGUGGUCCUCGACAACUAUCAGAUGUUUGGCAUUGACAAGGUCAAACAAGCUCCUAUACUGGACAGAUGGGUAGACAUCUCAGAGCCUGCGGUGGAGUCAGAAUCGGUGGCAUGUUUCGGACUUUGCUGCCGUUUCGAUAUAGUCUGGAGUGAACAAGACAUCGACAAGAGGCGCGAAAAUGACUUUUUGCGGACUCUUCUCCCUCCAGAACGCGAGGGACAGCCUUCAUUGGCCACCUUGGAACGCCCGGUUGCCGAUCUCAACAAUAAGCGAGACACGACGGCGCUCACCGACGAUGAGUAUUUGAUCAUGUCCAACCGAGUCUACGGUUUCGUGUUACGAACUAGACAAUGGGCCGAGUUAGACCUCAGACAUGUCACCGAGGUGAAUUACAGGCGGGACCGGCCUGAGACCACCUUAGCGCCCGGCGACAAAACAGCUACACACACUGCUUUCGACGACUUGGUACUUCCUCCAGGCCACAGAGAUGUUAUACUUUCCUUGGUGGCACAACAUUUCCGAGACGAAGAGCACCAUGAAGUCGACAUCUUCAGAGGUAAAGGUAAAGGGCUCAUCCUACUCCUACAUGGAGCUCCAGGUGUUGGGAAGACCAGCACAGCUGAAGGUGUCGCUGAGGCUUUUCGCAAACCUCUGCUCCAAAUAACGUGUGGCGAUCUUGGCUCCACAGCAAAAGAAGUGGAAAUAGCCUUGGAACGAAACUUUGCACUGGCCAGUCGAUGGGACUGUGUGCUUCUUCUCGAUGAAGCAGACGUCUUCUUAGCUUCCAGAUCUCGCGCUGUCAGUGGUGCAGAUUUUAACAGAAAUGCUCUGGUCGCUGUCUUCUUGCGGGUACUCGAGUACUACACUGGUAUCCUCUUCUUGACAACCAAUCGGAUAGGUGAUUUUGAUGAAGCUUUCGCCUCGCGGAUACACGUGAGUCUCGAGUAUCCACCGCUAGAUCGGAUGUCAACCGAAAAGAUCUUGGCGCUCAACAUUCGUUUGAUCAAAGACCGUUUCAAGAAGAACGAACGUACUCUCAAAAUUGAUGAGCUGAACAUUGGAUUCAGAUUUUUGGAGUACUGGCAGACGUACGAGAAAGCUAGACUGAAUGGCAGGCAGAUCCGGAAUGCUUGCCAAACAGCUCUCGCCCUUGCAGAGUUCGAGGCGCAAGGUGGCAGCCACGAAGCAGUCCUUGCACCCAACGCUACCGUCAGCCUCCAGUCAAAGCAUUUCGACACUGUGUUGAAAGCUUAUCGUGACUUCAACAAAUACCUGAAAGACAUAUACGGGACUUCCUCUGAGGAGCACGCUGGGGAGCUUGGUCUGAGAGCACGGGACAAAACACCAAAGAAGGUGAACACCGGUCGCUCUCCUGCACCAGACAGGAGCCCAUCUGCAGGUGGCUUUCCUGGAGCUCACCUCUACCACCAACCCCAUCCGACACAGAGCCAUCUAGCUCAAUCACAUCCUCCCCAGAUGUACCAAGCAUUGCCUCAGCAGCAGAGCUACCUAUUUCCAGUUUCGGGGCAGCAAAACUUUUCGGUACCGGUGCAAGACCCACACGCCUCCUUAGCAAAUUACCAAAGCACAGCCCUUCGCAGUGACGAUACGUCAUUGCCAGGAUUCGACCAUGGGACACGUCAGUCCGAACCUGACGCAGGUGCCGGCCAUGACCCUCAGUACCAGAUGCAAUCGUUCGGCUUGAGUCAUGGACAGCCAUAUUUCCAGCCAAUCCCAGGCAAUCCACGACAAUAG